AUUGGAGGAUCAGUGACAGACACACAACAGAGAAACAGAGAGGCAGAAAACACGCCAAUAAUAUGAACUACUAACUUCAUUAAAGGCAAUUCAAAUUCCAGGCAGUGAUCAUGUACUGACUGGUUGAGCUCUCAAUCAAUAAUUCCCCUUAAGAGUUUCACCCUGUCGGAGCAACAAUGACGUCACAUGUGAAGCUGAGAAAAGAGAGAGUUGGUGUUGUUGACUAUGACACACAAAUCAAAGAGGUGCGUUGUCAGUUGGUGGACCAGUUGAAGGUGUUGGACCUGCAGUUGGAGCAGAAAUCUCAGCAGCUUCAAGACCUGACAGACUACCUGCGUAGACGCAGUGAGAUAGAAGGGGAGUAUGCACGCUCACUUGACAAAUUGUCAGAGAGGUUCACCUCCAAAAUCAAAAGAAAGGAGCCCUGUAGUGGCCAGUCUGUGGCCCAGUGUUGGCUGGUGCUCUUGGCUCAGACCAGACAGGAGAGCAGAGACCACAGUGGUCUGAGUGAAAUCUGUAGGACCACCCUCACCGAGCCCCUCACCCACUGUCUGGAGAUCACACAGCGACUGGCCAAGAGGAGUAAAGAUGUCUGUACGCAGUUACAGGAUGGUCUACUGAAAGUCACCACAGAGCUACAGACAGCAUGGAGGACCUACUACCAGUACCAGUCAGAUUAUGUGUCUGCAGAGGGAAAGCUGAAGGAAGCAGAGAAACAGAAACAAGGCACUUCUAAGAAGAUUGAGAAAAGACAGUGUAAAGUGCAGGAGAUUCAGCUGAAGUGCACCAAGGCUCGUAACGACUACCUCCUCAACCUAGCUGCAGCCAAUGCUUCCAUGAACAAGUACUAUCUCCAGGACAUCUCCUCACUCAUAGAUUGUUCAGAUGUGGGCUACCACCUGUCUCUGUCGCGUGUGCUGUUGGCCUACCUGUCCAGCCGGUCCUGGUGUCAGCAGAACCUGAGUGGAGGGCUCCAGCAGCUCCAAAGUGCUGUGUCUGGACUGGACCAGAGUCAGGACAGAGACAACCUGCUACAGACACACACCAACACCUUCUGUCUGCCCCUCCGCUUCCACUACCAGCCACACGACGGAGACCAGGUGUGUGAGGUGAGUACAGAGCAGGAGAUUAGGGGUGAGAUGGAGACCAGGUUCCAACAGCUACAAUCUAAACUCACCGUGUUCACCCAGGAAACGGAGGAGGCAGAUAAGACUCUGCGGGCGGCCCGCUCUGCCCUGCUGGAAGGUAUCAGUGAUGAUGACCUAGAUCCUCCACCCUCCAACAGCCAGACCCAGGGCUCCCUGCUCCAUCCCCAGUCCCCGUCUCAGAGCCAAGGUCAGGGGGGAAGUAAUGAGAGCCUGUCCAGCAGCAGUAACAGACCCAGUCUGGCCAGACGCAGAGCCAACCUGCAGGAGACUGAGAUCCUCUACUGUACUAAAGUGAAGGAGUAUCUCUGUAAAAGCUCUCUGGUAUCCAAACUACAGGCGAAACAUGAUCUGCUUAAAGUGGCUGUAGAGAAAGCUGAAGCAACAAAUGGUCAUCCACCCAGAGAAAACUCCAGGAAGUCUGUUCGUGUUAGGAUGAAGGGUCAACCUAGCGUCCAGUUCACCCACAAACUCUUCACUGGAGACAUGCUCUCGUUCAUACAGGCAUCGGGGCAAGAGAUCCCAGUGGUUGUGGAAAGCUGCAUUCGCUUCAUCAACCUCAAUGGUCUCCACCAUGAGGGUAUCUUCAGAGUACCAGGGUCUCAGGCCGAGGUCAACAGUCUGAGAGAUGCAUUUGAGAGAGGAGAGGACCCCCUGGCAGAGAGCAGGUGUGACAUAGACUUAGUAGCAGGAGUACUGAAGCUCUACUUCAGAACCCUGGAGAACCCUCUCUUUCCUCAGGACAGCACCACUCAACUCCUGGAGUACGCACAGAUUGACAACGAGACAGAGAGAGCAGCUAAACUCAAAUCAGUCAUCUCCUCCUAUCCUCCACCUGUCAUCAUCGUCAUGAGAUACCUCUUUGCAUUCCUCCAUCAUGUCUCCCAGUACAGCGAUGAGAACAUGAUGCAGCCCUAUAACUUGGCCGUGUGCUUCGGCCCCAGUCUGGUCCAAGGGUUGCAGGAUGAUGAUGUCGUUACUCUGCAGCCUCAGAUCAACUCUCUGGUGAAGGGCAUCAUCUUGCAGCACGAGAGCAUCUUCCCCAGCUUGACCGAGCUACAGGGACCGGUGUAUGAGAAAUGCAUGACGCUGGAGCAAGACGAUUGUGAGGAGGGAGAAGGGGAUUCAGAACUCCACAGUAAAGAAGAGUCAGAGUCAAAGGGAGAGCGGUCUCGAUCCAACAGCAGCUGCAGUUCCAGACAAUCCCCAGCAGGGGGAAGUCUGUCCCUUGGAGCAAAGUUCACCAUACAGUUCCCCAUGGCUCUACAGGGCAGGUCUCGCUCCCCCGGCUACAUACGCAAAGAAGCCCAGGACCUGUCAUCCAGUGACGAUAUAACAGUUCAGGUUGACAAGGAGGUCUGCCACCAGAUGAGAGCAGUCUUCAAGGAGCUUCUCUCUCGACAAUCGUUCCCUCCUCCUUCCUCCUCCACCCCCUUGGUCACCUCAUCCCGCUCUUCCUAUCUUCCUCCACAGCAGAAGAAAGGAGGGGUCGGGCGCAGAAAUGAAAGACCUGUUUAGAUCAGACCAACUGGACUGGUAGAAAGAAAGAGGGGACCGGAAUAAAUGAAUGGCUAGAUGGAUGAAUAAAUGAAUGAGAGGGAAUGAAAGGAAGGAGAGAGACAAAAGACUUAGACGAGAUGACACAGUGUAGGAUGACAGGUUGUGACAGCAGCCUUUGACAGUGGGAUUACAGAUAGCUGGGUUACAUGAACCGUUGUCAGUUCACUGUUCAGUAUGCGUCUGCUCAGACAGCAGCCUGCAAUGUGAAGCCUGUGAAUGGACAGUCACAGACAAACAGGGUUUGACUUCUACUGUGAAGCCUUUUGUUAGUGUGUUUGAUACAACACACCCCAAUGACCCCCACUCUUAUUUUCACUGUAGGGCUGUGUCCCCAUUCUCCACACUUUUCCCAAAGUGUGCACUUGCACACUCCCCGCCAUGGAUUUGAAAAGCAUUGGAUUAUCAGCAGAAAGGGGAAUCUUGCUAUUGCAAGUGGACAGACAGAUUUUGAUUCCCACUGUGAAGCCUUUUUUUGUUAGCCUGAUCCCAGAUCAGUAUCUGGGAUCAGGCUGUGUUUGAUAGAACACACUCCAGUGACCCCAGUGACACACUCCAGUGAUCCCAGUGACACACUCCAGUGACCCCAGUGACACACUCCAGUGACCCCAGUGACUUUCACUGUAUGCCAAUGCUACAUAAUCAAUGGCAGCUUUUGAGUUGAUAUAUCAUAACUUAUUUUACCCACAAUGACUUGGAAUGUGCACUGCUGGAACUUCAUGAAUGGAGAACAUGCUACUCUUAUAUGAUCAGUGCUGUUUGUAUUCUAUGCUCUUAUGGUUAUGGGCCUAUGGAGGCCCUCUAUGCCCAAUGUGAACACCAAGACAAGUGCUCACUAUCUGAUUUGGUCAGUUCACCAAAGGUUCAUGUUUUGGUAGGCCUAUAAUUAUGGACAUUCAAAGGCCAUAUGGUCUUUAUCAUAGAGAUCCUAUAAGAUAUAUGUUCUAUCCCCUUUAUCAGAUGAAAGUUCAAUUUUAACCUGGACCAGCUCCUGUCUGAGAUUGAGUCACUGAGCUACUGAUAACGAUGAACUGUGAAUUCUAAUUCUGAUUAGUUUCAUUCUUUCAGAGAUAAAAGCUUUCUAUGUUCGCUUGCUAUUUUUAUAUAGUUUUCUGGAUCUGAUGAUUGUUUGAAUAAAUGUUUAUGUUGAA